AUGGACAUGAAUCAAAUUUUGAAAGACCUUCCCAAGGAAAUGCGAGCUAUGCAUAUCAAAGGAGAAAGAGCAAAACGUGAAUUGGCUGAAUUGGAGAAUAAGGAAAAGUAUGCUGUUAGGAAGUUGAUGGAGGCAACAUUACAAAAGAAAAAGGAGAACGAGGCGAUGUUAAAAGCGGCUCAAGAAAGCUUGGAUUGCUUGAUACAAAAACUUAAUGAGCGUAAGGCUAAAAGCGAAAUUUUGAUGAAGAAAAUCAAUCAGAAACGCAGUAACUCGCUCAUGGUAGACAUUCAGGAUAGAGAAGCAGCUCAAAAUCAUGCUGAGAUCACCAAGCGAAUGAUGGAAAAGAUACAAGAGCAAACUGAAAUCGUCGAGAAGCAAACUAUCAUACUGAAACGUUCACAUGGAUCCAAAGAAUCAUCCAAAUACUAUCGUUCUAAGAUCAACAAUUUGAAAGCAGAGAUUGCGGAUAAACAAAAUGAACUGGAUUAUGUGUUGAAUGUAUACACCGGGUUAGGCAAAGCUUGCCAGGAGAUGCAUCAAAAAAACGUCAAUAAGUCAUCGGAAUGCAAGGAAAUGGAUGAGAAUGCUAUUGCAUUGCAGACCAACGUUGAUUUAUUGGACGAAGACAUACAGAAGUUGACUUCUGAAUAA